UAGGCGCAGGCGCGGUGGGAGGCCUCGCGUGCGCGCACCACGGGUGGGCGCCUCGCAGGGAGGCGGCUACGCCCUCUGGCGGUGACCGCUUGCCCUUCCCGGGGUCGUCUCUUGGAAUAAAGCCACUCGCGCCCCCAGCGGUGGUGGUUUGUUUUGGAAAUCCGUUGCCGCAGAUUCCUAUGCCAGUAGCAGAACUGUAAGGAUGGAUAAAUCGGUACUUUUGCCUUUAAGAAUCUGAAGAGGUGACAUAGAUUUUUGAUGAAAUUGAGUCACGAAACUGUAACCAUCGAAUUAAAGAAUGGAACACAGGUCCAUGGAACAAUCACAGGUGUAGAUGUCAGCAUGAAUACUCAUCUUAAAGCUGUGAAAAUGACCCUGAAGAACCGAGAACCUGUACAGCUGGAAACGCUGAGUAUUCGAGGAAAUAACAUUCGAUAUUUUAUUCUACCUGACAGCUUACCUCUGGAUACACUACUUGUGGAUGUUGAACCAAAGGUGAAAUCUAAGAAAAGGGAAGCUGUUGCAGGAAGAGGCCGGGGCCGAGGAAGAGGAAGAGGACGUGGCCGGGGCAGAGGAAGAGGGGGUCCUAGGCGAUAAUGCCUCUCAAGAUUACUGUUUCAAAGUGCUGUGUCCAUUGAGAUAUUAUUUGUAAAGGUUUUGUCUUUUUAUGUCAGUUUUUAAUAAACAUAAAUGUAGGCCAGCUGUCUAUUGACUACAUCAAGUUUAGUUUUAAUAAUUCAUGUAUAUUUGUGACAUUAACACAGUAAUAGCUGAAUAUUACUACAUGGCCAUCCCAGAAUAAUUAUUUUGUUUGUUUUACUUUUUCACUCCAUGAAACCUAACAGGUGAAGUGGGUUUUGUUACUUAAGAAGCUGAAGUCCUGUGGAGUGGGGUCUAAAAUUGAUCCUCCUUUCCUGAGUUUUUCUCCAUGGAGACUUGGGUACUUAGUAAAAGGUGAUAGUCAUCUUCAUUGGUUUUGUUGUGAUGAAUUUUUUUGGUUUUAAUUUUUUUUCUACAGUUUCUCAAUAGUAUAUAGUUUUACAUUCUUCUGCAUUGAAACUUCAGAUGAUGUUCACUAGGUUGAAAUGUGUUAAUGUGGAAUAUACCUGUCAGUGGCUCCUUUAUCAAGUACUUUUACAAGAAGUCCUUUAAGAACAAAAGGAAAAAGACCUUUUUCAUGUGAUGGCAAAACUGGAUUCAUUCCAGUAGUUAAGGAUUUUUUUUAAUUGUUUCAAUUAAGCUUAGAGAAAAAUACUUCUCAGUUUAUACAGUUCCUUGUAAAGCUUACUACCAUUUGUUUAUAUGCUAAGGGAAAAAAACUUUGAGGAUUGGGAGGAAUUACAUCUGUAUUUUGACUUAAUGAUGCUUGUGGAGUUUUGUUUUUUAAAUGCGGAAAUUUCCUGCAAAGACUAAAAAAGUUUUAGGCCCUGCAAAUUGAGAGAUAGCAAGAGCAUUUGUGUGUGGUAUGUGAAUGUGCAUUUCAGUCUCUUCCACCCACUAAUGUUGGUGUUCCUAUUAUUUGAACUUAAGCAGAAGACAAGCGAGCCCUAUGAAGCAGCAAGGUUGAGAGGAGAUUUAAAGUGAACAAACAGAAAAGACCUGUCACAGGUGAACGAACAUAAAUUGACUCCUGCCCUCAUGGACCUUGUAGGCUAAAAGGGAAACAAAAUUAAAUAAACACUGAUAAAUCACUGCAAAUUGUGGCAACUCUGGUAAAGAGUACUUCAUGUUAUCUGUUUUAAAAGCAGUGUACAUAGGCUUCUCAUGAUUUUAAGUCGUGCGCCAACAUAACAGCAAAUGUAUUUCAUUAAUUUGUGAUUUUUAACGUGUAGAUGUUUGCAGCAUGACACCGGUCUAGUAACAUAGUUUAAAUGUAAGAUUAAACCAUAGUGGUUACUAGAUAGAGUUUAUUCCACUAGAGACUACUAUUUCAUUUUUAUGUGAAAAAUUUUAUGAAGAAAAAGUUGUUUGAAUUGAUUGCCAUUAUUAGCUAUAAAGGAAGCACUGCAGUAUGAGUAGAAAAUAAACCAACAUGCUUCUCUUGCCUCACUUCCCCCCAAAAAAGUAUGUAAGGAUCUUAGUCCUGCUGCAUUUUGUACACAUCUGAUAAUCUUUUAAAGCUUAAGAUUUUGUGGAGUUCAGUUUUCCUAAAGAAACUUAUGCAUUUGGGUAGAAAACCAUAAGUGAAAUAGGAAAUCAGAUUUCUAUUAUAAUUAUGUUCAUUAUGCAAGGAUUGCUUAGUAUUUUGAAAUGUAUUAAUGUAGUCAGCAAACAAAAUUUAUACGAUUAUACUGUUGAAAUGACAUUUUAUAAGAUACAGCACUUAUUUCUGAAAACCUAAACUGGAAGAUAUUUCCUUAACAUGAUGAAAAAAAUCCAUCUUAAACCAAUAGCAGACAUUUUCUAGAGACAUACAAUUAAAACAGCCAAAAAAUAUGUCUGAUAUUGGUCUUUAUUAUUUAAAGUGAAAAUUCUUGUGGUUCCAAAAAAUUAAGGGGCAUACUUUCGAAAAGGAAGGGAAAUUUACUGUUACCAUGUAGGAACAUGGUAGUGUUACAUUUUGCUGAACCAGCUUUUUCUCAGUAAAGCAUUAAAGUGUAUAUUUUAAAUUUUGGGUAAGGUCAGUAUACAUAUGAGAUUCAAUUUAGAAAAGAAUAACAAAGGCUCUAGAUGUCAAAUGCAGUGGAUUUUAGUUAUUCACGGUAGUUACGUUCUAUAAAGUUGCCGCAAACCAUGAAUUAGUGAAUACUGAACCAGUGUUCCUAGGGAAAACACAGGGUUAGAUUCCUAUGAGUCUCUGGUCACAUUUUCAUCAACUGAUCAAUACAAAACCUUGUUUUAUGUGAUUCUGUUUAGACCUAAUUUAAUAUAUAUAGUUUACAUUGAAUUCAUGACCAACAGCACUGUAACUUGUGCCCAAAUGAAGCUUUUCUAACACAUGUAUUUUCUCCAAAAGGCACAUGACCAUCUUGUGCAUGUUUAAACACUGUGCUUAUGGGCCAUUUUUUGAAAAUCACAAACAAAAGAAAAAUGACAAAUAUUUAAAAUGUGGUGCUAAAUAGACCAUUAAAAGAACAUUUGUUUACAGUAUGAGAGCUGAACAAGACAGAAUUUCUUCAGUCUCAGCUGGGAACAUGCAUAUCAGGUGACAGACUUUGCUGCUCUGUGUAUGCAUGACCAUGAAGGCACCAAUGAGUAUUGAUUUUGGAGUUACAAAUUUUAGCAAGUAGCUGACUUCCCACAUAUGGACUCCCAGGAUAAUGAGGAUUGAUUAUACCUAUCAUUUUGGUAAAAUUAUACCAAAGUAUUUUAUAUACUUUGUUAACUAUAGUGAAGGGGUACUAAGGUGGAUUUCUUAUAUAUGUUUUAGUGUCUUUGAAAUGAAGAUGCACCAUAAAGGGAAUAAAUUUAGAUCAUAUAUCAAAUCAAGUUUCUUUGUUAAUACAUAA